UAAGUGACCCGUGACCAACGUACACUUAUAUACACCUGUAACCAUCUCGCCUCGGCCACUCGGGCAGGUGUCCCUGGUUUACGCUUAUAAUCCUAGUCAACUCAGUCCGUAAAACAUAAAACGGGAAUUAUCCAUGUGUGCUGGUGUUGUGGUUGUGCCUCCGAAUCUUUGAUCCUUCUAUACACAGAAUGACAAUAAAAAAGGACCACAGGAAAGGAUAUAUAUGUUUAAGGAGUUAAUGAGGUGCUUCGUUAAAAUUAACUGCAGUCUGCAUUUGUCUCAGGAGUAUCGUCCAAACGAGUUGAAAUCACGUGGAGCAUUUUCUGGUAAUAUUUUGUCGCAGGCGUCUGGACGGUGGUGAGAGUACCAAAUUAUAAUGAAAUCUGAUGUCGCUCCUCGUCACAUGACCUGACGGCGCCCUGACGGAUUUCAUUGUGCCUGAUUGACAAACGGAAUAUGCCAGAAGCCGUUAAAGAUGACUAUACAAGGAUCUGUAGAAUAUGCUGAAGGGAUCUAUUGAUCAGGAACGCAAUUAGCAUGACAAUCACGAAGGACAGUGCUCUUGGAGGGGGCAGAUGGCUUCCUUGUUACUUGGAUUAAAGACCAAUGGCACAUGAUAAAUUUCUAAUGAGAGCAUACACCCAGAAGUGAAAACCAAGCUCUUUGGAAAAGAGUGUGAUGUUCAUUUAGUUUCACUUGCAAGGUGAGAAUGAACUUGGUUUUAAUUUUUCUGUCAUUCGAGUCACAUUAGGGUUCAAUUCCUAUUAAUGACAUCUGUGAAAUCGGACUAUGUGUGAAAUUAAACACAGAUUUUUUUGGUGAUGGAAUAUGGGAAUUAACCCCUUUCCGUUACUGCGAUAUUUUAAUCAACAUCGAAUCCUCACACCAUUUGGGAAUUUUUUUUCCCCCAACACGGGACGGAUCCAGGUUGUGAAUCGUCAGUAGCAGGAUUUGAAGGUCCUCUAUCAUUCUCCCAGGAGCCAGUCUGAAGUGAAACAGGAGACUUAACCCCAUCAUCAAGACAAUCGGCAUCGUACCAACAGCCCUACCCCAGGGGAUAUGUACGGCACUCUCUCCCAGAGGACAGACUUGAGUGUAAAAGGAAACUGGACCUUAUCAUUGUGACAAUAGAUAUUGCAUCAACAACAAACACCCCCACCCCACGGGACGUGUUACUUGUCCAAUCUCGACACUCCUACUGCAUUAAGUGGUAGUCAUUCCAUGACCACAGAGGGCUGUCGCCCCUGUCGCCCCUGUCGCGGCAACGGUGACAAUGUUAAUUUAUUUGCCUCUCCGAGCUGUCGAAUUGUAUUGACUGUUGUUAGUGGCUGUGUGUGAUGGUGUGAAUGAGGGUGGGGGAUCAAGGACUGUGUCACAUGGGAGGGUAAACAUUUGCAGCGGGCGCUCUCAAUUCAGUGUCCACGUAGUACAGCACUACACAGACCCUGAGUCAAUAAAGUAUUUAGGGAGUCUUGGGAACAGGAGACCAGAACUAGAACCAAAGUCAACAGCGCUCCGCGACGGCUGAAUCUAUAUACUAUACUGAGUCAACAAAUACCUGCAGAGAGUCUUACUGUUGAAUGUCCCUGUACAACCGGCUUCCAUUGUCAACAAAACUCUUGUUUAAUUCAAGAGUAGUGAGAACCUAAUUAUAGUGGAGAUUUAUUUUUACACGUUUGAUGUCUAUAGUUCUCUCUCAAGUCGCUCACUCACUGAGAAGGAAGUGCCAGCAAACCAACACAGGGAGAAUAUUGUCGGAGAAUUUUUUCAUGGAAACUCCCGAGUGUGGCAACAGCCGGUAAUCAGUACAUGCUGCUCAAGUGAACACUGAGCUCACGAGAGAGCACAGGGGAAUAAAACCGAGGAAAUCCAAUAGCUCUCCAAGAAUCUUAUUCUCUGGCAUGCACAUCAGGGCUACACUGCCACAGCGUGAAGACACAGGUGUCUCUGUACGACGCGUCAACUCCAAUGAUUUUUUUCCUCAGCACACAGGUAAAUCAUUACAUAGUGUGCUGUACGUAGCUCAGAUCAUUGUGUUAUAAGCUGCAGCUACUGUGUGCUUCAUUUAUCUGUUUCUCAUAUACUACAUGUACACCCAAGAAAUCUUACGAUUCUUUGCCAAGCAUGGAAUAGAUUAUCACGAAAACUUGGAAUCUGUAUCGUUUAUACGGAAAACAUUAAGGGAACUUGUGAUUUAAUGUGUACAUUGGAAAUACAUUCUACAUCUGGUGGUGAUACCGAAAUCCAUCUCAACAGCCAAUGUCAAAAUCAAAAAACCUUUGCAACACUAAAUGUCAAUUCCAUUUGUGAAGGAUGCAUGGAAAUGAAAUACUGAUGGCAUGCUGGUAUGGUUUGAAUACUUGUUUAGAAGCCAUGGAAACGACAUGUACUACGCCUACAAAAUUCAUCACACCAGUGUGUAUGGCUUUAUAACACUAGCAAAAUGAUAGUUUCUGUGCGAAAAAAAGAGGUGACUUAAUCCUAUAUGUAUUAAUUUUACAAAGUAAAAAAAAAUGUAUUUUUCACGAGUGCAUAAACGCAAGACAUUGCUAGUUACGAUGACAUUUUUUCUGUUAAGUUUUGUGCUUACAUUGAAUCUAAUGGUCAACCAGCUUCAGCGGUCUGAUGGUUUGGACCACAGCGGAGGAAACGCUCUCCAUGCCGAGAUUCUGAUGGAUUCAGACAUGGAAUUAGGAGGAAAUUAUCUCAUUGCAAAAAGUCAGCGGCAACCUAAAGCGGCAAUUGAGAGAAGUCACAGUGAUUCUGACAGUGGCCAAAUUGUGGCUGGUAAUAAAAGACUUAGAGGUAUACAAAACAAUAGAAGUUAUCAAAAUGUGAAAUCGCAGGGAAUUUUUAAAAAGAAAUUAAAGGAAAGCAGACAUAAUUUUCCGAGAACAAAUGAUGUGGUUAUGAAAAAUAAAGUGGAAAGUGUACAUAACCACAAAAGUAAGGGUCAUGUGACCGACGGUGGUAGAGGAGAUGAAAGUGAUGAAUACAAUGAUUACGAGGAGGACAUAGAAAAAGUAGUGAUAGAGGAGACAGAGGAAGAGGAGGAAGAGGAUGAGGAUUAUGAUGAAGAUGAAGUAAACGAUAAAAAAGUAGAAACAAAUGUAUUGAAAGUAGACCAUCUUUCAAAAUCCAAACACAAAUUGACUGGGUUUACCAAGCCGCCCUUACAAUAUAAGGAAGUGCCUGAUAAGAAAAGCCUUGUAAUAGACCGUCAAGGUCAUUUGGAGGACAACGCGGAACCACAGCUGACAAUUACAGACAUUAUAGAGGAUGGCGUAUACUGGGCUCCCACUGUGGAGAAUCUUGUUCCAAAAGGUCACACAUUCCAUGAGACACUGGACUAUAUAUCGUCAGUGCGAGACGAGAGAGUCCAGUACCUUGACCCCCCAGCUUGGGACAAAUGUGGGCGCCCUAAAAAUGGGUUUGUCACCCUGGAGGACGGGAGGCACAUGUGUGCCAGGUAUCGGGAACCUCACAACAAAAUGGUGCUUGGUGAGGUACUGUCUUUCUACCUGUCUCGGCUCCUAGGAUUGGACAACGUGCCAGCAGUCGUUUUAUCUGUCACCAAUCACACCUCCCCUAGGUGGCUUGCAACCAACUACAGUAGGGUCGACUGGAAAGACGGCAAGGUCGUCGCUCUUAUCCAAUGGAUACCUAAUAUGGAAAGCUCUCGCUCUCUAGUCAAAAUACCUCAGUUUAUUCUGAACAAAUAUGAGCAGAAAUCUGUGAUAAAUAGAGCAUCAUUAAAGAAUUCCAACCUCACCACAUCUCAACUGUCACAACUAUUCCAGUGGGGAGGCAUGAUCAUGUUUGACUACCUCACUGGCAACUACGACAGGGUUGCCAGCAUGCAAGAUGCAGCAUACAAGGAGAAGAAGCCAAGCAUUAUUUCUGAAAAUAUUAGAAAUCUCAGAAAAUCUAUAAAAACUUCCAAACUGUGGUUAAUAGACAAUGAAAGUGGACUUUUAGAUGCAUACGAUUUAAUGUACCAUAAUGGCAAUGGUUACGGUGGGGAAAAAUUCAUUAAAUUCCAUCGUGACAUGCUGCAGACAUUUUGUGUGUUUCCAAGAACAAUCGUAGAGUCACUAGUCAGACUUAAUACGAUGCUACGCCCAGAGGAAGUGCUUCUGGAGUUUGCUCGUAAACAUGAACCCUUAGUGGAUGCGUUUCAAAAAGAUUCCAUUUUCAGACUUUUCCAGACGAGAUUUCGAGAGAGAAUAUCAGAAGUGUCCAAUUGGGUUAAAACAUGUCAUUCAAAUAUUGAGAAUGAGUCAAGCUGACAAUGUGCUACACAUUAAUAACAACUGAAUACAACCAGGAUUAAAUUGUAUCAAGCAUUGUUAGCUUAAUAACACAUCAAGGUCAAUUCGGUUCAGUGAUACUUUCAUAAUGUUUACAAUUAAAAAAAAAUGUACAGUUGUACAUGCCAUGGAAUUUAAUAUCAACUUGAUCAGAGAAAGUCUAUGAAAGAAACACUUAUCAUUCCCGCUGAACUAUUAAAUAAAAUUGAAUUCUAAAAUUGUGUUUCUGUAUAUGUAUUGCCGAGCCAUUGAAGAGCAAUGCAUCAUGCACAUUUGCCCUAAAAUAUUAAAGAUUGGUAAGCUUUUAUUUUUUUUUGUUAAAUAAUAUCUUUUCAAAAACUCGGAAAAUUAUUUUCAAGGAUAAAAUGUGCCAAAUGUUCAGAUAACCAGUAUAACUCUUUUAGAUAUAUAGUUCAGACUUUUUAAUUUAGAUAACUUUGAAAUGAAGUACUAUAUUGUAAUUUGUUUUAAACUAAUUAUGCUAUGAGCGACGGUCGUCCUGGUGGUGUUGAUGAAACUGUGAUAUUUUAAACUAUAAAUUAAUCAUGUUCCAUAUUCUAUCCUGCAUUGCAACAAAUGUUAACUAGAAACCUAACCAACUUAAUAUCAACUUAAUUUAUAAUUAUUCUUCAUGAAUUUAUUUUUCACAAAAAUCUAGGAAAUACAAACACAUGAACUUUUUUAUCAAAAUACUGAGAUUCAGUUGUAUUUUAUUGUGAAAAGGUUGAUUAAUUGUAGUUCUCCAAAAUCUUCAAUUAAGACUAUUGUACUUUCUCUUUGUUAAUACCAAAAUAUUCUUAAAUAAAAGCAUGCCAUCUAGAGAAGUGUCCAUCCAAUUUUUUGGUAAAAAAUAUGAAGCUUAUUAAAACAAUCUGUUCAAACAUUUAAAUCUAACAGUAUGAAAAUAUAUUAAUAAUUAUGUUAAUAACACCACAAACAUCUGAUCAAACUACAGCACAGAGAGGCUGAUUUCAUGACAAUUGUAAAUUAUUAUAAGCGAAGGUUUUCUGUAUUACAAAAUUAAAUGAAGCUCUGGUCCAUUUAUCAGGAUGCAUCUGGUGUUUAAAUUAUUUUACUUUGAAACAACUAUUAAAUUUACAAAUUACUCGAUUAUGCAUAUCAACCUUCAGCAACAUGUUUAUAAUUUAUGAAUAUUACUAUUACUAUUAAUAAGAUAAACCUAUAAUACUUGAGAUUUCUUGGGAUAUUCUUUUUUUAGAGUUUUAGAGACAAGAGGAGAUAACUCCAACACUACUACUGUAAUGUGUAUAUAAUCUGUAAGCUUGGAGGAAUGUCUCUAGCUUGACAUGUGCUAGUCAAAUAAUGUAUUUUUACAUCAAUUGGUGCUUAUUGUACCAUCGUUAAAUUCACUUAUGUUUUAAAUAUUUCUGGACGAGAUUUUUUCAUCCUCCAUAAUUGGGACCUGCUGAGUCUCGAUUGUUGUAUUUGAAAUAUCAUGAGGGCGAGUUGUUUACAUUUACUCAUUCACCCCUUAACUUUCAUAAUGAACUAUU